CAUAUACAACUGUGGUGUCAAGUCUGAGGUAAUAGGAUAUUACCAAACUCGAAGGAAAAUAUGUGUUUGUGCACCUAGCAAACCAUGGGAUUACUCAUUCUGUGUUUGUCUGCAUACAUGUGCGACCGUGUGUAUGAUUGACAGUGUAUUCAUUCAUACUCACAUAAAUGAAUGUUCACCACAUUUGGCUGUAAGACAGUAGGAUGGAUGGGUCUACCGUACACAUCGUGCUUCUGAUGCUGUUUCUGCUUCACUAUACACAGGGGACCUUGUCAACAGUUACAGCUAUCUCUCCAACCCAUACGACAGCUACUCAGACUGACUACAGCCCUGUGAACGCAUCCCACCCAACUACUCCUUCUACCCCCACCUCUGCUCGACCCAGCAUGGCUACUUCCACCCAGGACCCCAGCAGUAGUCUGACCAGCCAUGUUUCAGGCACCACAGCCAGGCCCCAAGAGGGUGACUCCACCUCUAAUACCACCAUCAACACCUCAAGCCUAUCUACCACACCAACCCAAUCGACCCCAUCACAGGACAGGUGCUCGUCCCCUCCAGUUCUGUGUUGUUUGGGGCAGAGUAGCAGCUGUAGAAGAAGAAGCUGUUUCUGUGACCAGGCCUGUGUGCUGUAUGGAGACUGCUGUCAUGACUACAGGAACACCUGCACACAACCGUUCACCCCUCCAAAGCCAGUCACACAAGAGCCAAGAACAGUAGACAGCAAUACUACACCUUCACCAUCUAACACAGUAGACAGCAAUAUUACACCUAAACCAUCUAGCACAGUAGACAGCAAUACUACACCUAAACCAUCUAACACAGUAGACAGCAAUACUACACCUUCACCAUCUAGCACAGUAGACAGCAGUACUACACCUUCACCAUCUAACACAGUAGAUAGCAAUAUUACACCUUCACCAUCUAGCACAGUAGACAGCAGUACUACACCUUCACCAUCUAACACAGUAGACAGCAAUAUUACACCUUCACCAUCUAACACAGUAGACAGCAAUACUACACCUAAACCAUCUAACACAGCAGACAGCAGUACUACACCUUCACCAUCUAACACAGUAGACAGCAGUACUACACCUAAACCAUCUAACACUGUAGACAGCAAUAUUACACCUUCACCAUCUAACACACUAGACAGCAAUACUACACCUAAACCAUCUAACACAGUAGACAGCAAUACUACACCUAAACCAUCUAACACUGUAGACAGCAGUACUACACCUUCAUCAUCUAACACAGUAGACAGCAAUUCUAGUAGUACUACAACACCAUCUAACACCGUGGACCUCAAUACUACACCUUCGCCAUCUAACACAGUAGACAGCAAUAUUACACCUUCACCAUCUAACACAGUGGACCUCAAUACUACACCUUCACCAUCUAGCACAGUAGACAGCAAUAUUACACCUAAACCAUCUAGCACAGUAGACAGCAAUACUACACCUAAACCAUCUAACACAGUAGACAGCAAUACUACACCUUCACCAUCUAGCACAGUAGACAGCAGUACUACACCUUCACCAUCUAACACAGUAGAUAGCAAUAUUACACCUUCACCAUCUAGCACAGUAGACAGCAGUACUACACUUUCACCAUCUAACACAGUAGACAGCAAUAUUACACCUUCACCAUCUAACACAGUAGACAGCAAUACUACACCUAAACCAUCUAACACAGCAGACAGCAGUACUACACCUUCACCAUCUAACACAGUAGACAGCAGUACUACACCUAAACCAUCUAACACUGUAGACAGCAAUAUUACACCUUCACCAUCUAACACACUAGACAGCAAUACUACACCUAAACCAUCUAACACAGUAGACAGCAAUACUACACCUAAACCAUCUAACACUGUAGACAGCAGUACUACACCUUCAUCAUCUAACACAGUAGACAUCAAUAUUACACAUUUACCAUCUAACACAGCAGACAGCAGUACUACACCUUCAUCAUCUAACACAGUAGACAGCAAUUCUAGUAGUACUACAACACCAUCUAACACCGUGGACCUCAAUACUACACCUUCGCCAUCUAACACAGUAGACAGCAAUAUUACACCUUCACCAUCUAACACAGUGGACCUCAAUACUACACCUUCACCAUCUAGCACAGUAGACAGCAGUACUACACCUUCACCAUCUAACACAGUAGACAGCAGUACUACACCUUCACCAUCUAACACAGUACACAGCAAUAUUACACCUUCACCAUCUAACACAGCAGACAGCAGUACUACACCUUCACCAUCUAACACAGUAGACAGCAGUACUACACCUUCACCAUCUAACACAGUAGACAGCAGUACUACACCUUCACCAUCUAACACAGUAGACAGCAGUACUACACCUUCACCAUCUAACACAGUAGACAGCAGUACUACACCUUCACCAUCUAACACUGUAGACAGCAAUAUUACACCUAAACCAUCUAGCACAGUAGACAGCAGUACUACACCUUCACCAUCUAACACAGUAGACAGCAGUACUACACCUUCAGCAGAAGAUGGCAGCACACUAGAAGUCACAACGUCCACUCCUAUUGAACUUGGAUCAACAUCGACUCUUCAAGCCACACAUACCGUCCCUGCUGUGUCUAACCUAGUACAGACCAUUACCAGUCAUUCUGAUGACACAACUGGUAACACAACACCACCAGUCACAACAACCUUGUUCCACAAUACUGUCUCCAAGGAAACAACUGAGGCAGACCAUAAGAACAUCAUAACCUCUCUCAAAGAUACCCAAACUCUGAUUGCCCAUUUGAGGGUCUCUAUAGUUUCGGCUGGGGACAUAAGUAAGGAGGAGAUCAUUGAGGCGUUGCAUAAUCUUGCAGCGCAGGUCCAAGCCUUUCUACAGAGAGAGUACUGUAACAACUGCACACUACGCAUCAGAAACGUCAGAGGAAUAUGAGACCAACAUUUAAUCCAAACCAGGUCUCUACACUAACCCAAAGAAUCUUAUAAGAUUCCUGGAACUAACCCUCAUCAUAUAACCCUAAUAUAGUCUGGAACACUGUCACGACCUGAACAUAGAGAGCCCUUGGUUCUCUAUGGUGUAGUAGGUCAGGGUGUGACUAGGGGGUGUUCUAGGUUAUAUAUUUAUAUGUUGGUGCUCUUGGUAUAUCCCAAUUAGAGGCAGCUGAUGUUCGUUGUCUCUAAUUGGGGAUCAUACUUAAGGUUUCCCUGUUCCCACCUGCUUUGUGGGAUAUUGUUUUUGAGAGAGUGCAUGUAGCACCUCAGUACUGCACGGUCGUUGUUUGUUUCUUGGUUUGUUUUAAGUUUCACUUAAUAAAGAUGUGGAACUCCAA